UCUACCCAUGCCCCGCUCGCGACUCCUCCCCAGCCGUAGAGGUGUCUCUCAGCAACUCCCCUGUUUCGGCCAUUGCUCGUUGGUCCUUGGCCAAUUCGAUACCAAAUAAUUCCAAAUCCAUUCUGCUAGAGAUCAUCCUCUCCUUCUCUGCGUCCAACUGAAGUGCCCUUCUUAAAAGACAGUCGUCCACUUCUCAGAACUUCCACAGCUUCACCAUCAUCAUCGUCGUUCAGAACUCCCACUUGUCCACUUGUAGUGACUUUAUCGAUAACCUUCACCCACUCGCACUAUACCAUCACCACCAAAUCCGCACUCUCAUCACUUCCCAUCACAAUGGCUCUCCCCCCCAAGUUCGCCGGCCAGCGCUUCAUCCCCACCGCAGGAGCCGGCGCCAGCUCUUUUCCUUCCCAGCCCCUCCACACCGUCGAGAUCUUCCUCGACUACGUCUGUCCUUUCUCAGCUAAAAUCUACAACACCCUCUACACCACCCUCCUCCCCUCUCUCCGCUCCGAGCACCCCGACCUCGGCUCCAAACUCCAAUUCAUCUUCCGCCACCAAAUCCAACCCUGGCAUCCUUCCUCCACCCUAACCCACGAAGCCGGCCUCGCCGUUCAACGUCUAGCCCCCACCAAAUUCUGGGACUUCUCCGCGGCCUUGUUCAAAGACCAAAAGGCUUAUUUUGACGUUUCGCUGGUGAACGAGCCGCGCAACGAGACGUACAAGCGGCUGGCUAAGUUGGGGGCGGAGAGUGUCGGGGUUGAUGAGAAGGAACUGUAUGAGCUGUUGGUGAUUCCGACGGAGAAGGGAGAGGAUGGGAGUUUGAAUGUGGGGAAUGGUGUGACGAAUGAUUUGAAGACGGUGAUCAAGAUGGCGAGGUUGGUGGGCGUGCAUGUGAGUCCGACGGUUAUUUUUGAUGGGGUGGUUGCCGGGGAUGUUAGUUCUAGUUGGACGGUGGAGCAGUGGUUGGAGUUUUUGAGGAAGAGUACUGCUUGAGGGGUUGGAAUAAUUCUGUGAGAGAAUGUGGGUGGAUGGUUGACCACUGGAUAGUUGGCCAAGUCUAUGUGUAAAUGAUCGAGAGUACAGCACGGUUCUUACUGGGGCUUCUAGUGUCUCAAUGGAAGGAAUGAAUGCCAGUCUUUCAUGGUGAUAAAAACCCGGAAUAUGUCAUUUGGAGGUGACCCAUGACAAGCGAGGACGCACUGGUGCUUGAAGAGCAACUGGCUAGGGGAGACAGGAAAUGCCUACAUGCUGAUACAUCAUUGUGGUCAACACAAACCAAAGGUGUUACACGGAACCUGUGAGCGUAUUCUU